AAAGUUUCGUUAAAAAUGCAGAAUGAACGAAAAAUGAUAUAUCGCCUGAAAAUGCAAAAAACUACAAACCUUUAUCGUGCAAACAUCGAUAGUCAUCUUUCACAUUUUUUUUAGUUUUAUUUGUCAAAACGAAAAUAAAAUUGUGUUUUGUGUUAGCCGAAAUAAAAUGAAAACAGAAGUGAAAGUGGAAUGCUUUUUGUUAUCUUAAAUAGCUUGUCAUUAAUUUGCUACUAUCACAGUAUUCAUUGGCAAUAUAUUUUAUUUUAAUUCAAUAUUUUCUGAUCCUAUCUCAAAUUGUACCCCAAAUACAUUCCAAGGUAAAAACUAUUUUCGCUCUGUAAAACGCAAACUGUUUAAAUGGGAAGAAAUGAUGAGAUAAAAAACAACAUUACUUACCGCAAACAAAGGAAAUCGAAAUGUGGAAAUGGUACAUUCACCAUCUACCAUCAAAAGCUGAGCUGGUGGCCAAUACAAGCUUGGUGCUUCUGUGCCUUUCAUUUUCGGUUGUUCGUCGUUAUCAUUGUUUAGUGGCGUGAUUGUUUCAAUUUUCUGUGACAAGAAGAAAAAGAACUCAUAGUUGCACCGACUAACAUCGUCAAUUAUUGCAUAAAAAAGUCCGUCAAAUUAGGAUUGGGAAUUAACUUGAAAAUUUAUGAACGGCAAGACCUUAUGGAGCAUCAGUUCAACGGAUUAGAGACGGUGAAUGGAUCUCUGUGGAAAGACGCUAUAAAAUAUAAAAUAUUAUAUAUAUCCCCUACUGCUCACAUCGACGAAAGCCGCGAUCUGAUUAGGAAAAAUACCUGAUUAAAGUGAGCGAAUAUCUGCCAACAUAACAGAAACAGAAACUUGGCAUAUUAAUGUGACCAAACACACGACCAGUAUACCAGGACUGGACGAACAAAGGAAAUGUAUACAUACAUACUAAUUCCUUUGACCAACGUUUGACAAAGACAAAAACCUCUUAUACUCGGCUUGCAAAAGGGCAUGGAAUUCGGGACUCUAUAACGGCAAGCAAAGUUUUACAUCGUCAGCGUACAUCAUAACAUGAGAGGAGAGAACUCUUGAGAUGCAUUCGCUCAGGUGGAGCCCUCGGAGCCUCCGGAAAAGGUUCUUCAGAAGGCGAUGCGGUGCAUGAGAAACUUGAGUUGCUCGAAGCGGAAGGGUACGCAGCCUCCAGAUGAUGGAGGGGGUGCCAAGAACCCCAAUAACACCGAUGCAUUCGCUCAGGUGGAGCCCUCGGAGCCUCCGGAAAAGGUUCUUCAGAAGGCGAUGCGGUGCAUGAGAAACUUGAGUUGCUCGAAGCGGAAGGGUACGCAGCCUCCAGAUGAUGGAGGAGGUGCCAAGAACCCCAAUAACACCGGUAACCUAAAAGCGCCCGCAUUGUAAAUUUAAUAGUAAAUAAUUCAAAACAAUGAAAUAGAACCGAAAUAUAUUUUAUAUCUAUGUGUAUAUCUGCUAAACGCUA